GUAUAGGACGUUCUCUCUCUCUGAGCUCUCCUCCUGCAUUAAUCCAGUCUAGCCCCCUUCUCUCUCUCCUCCCCGUUCACUCCCCUACCCUUGGCUGGCAGACCGACUGACGCACCACUGUGUACCAGGCCCUGUUGUUAGAACCCACCCAGCCAUAGCCCUGACUGGGGUGGUCUAGCUCUCGCCGUUUCUCUCUAUUGCUCGAAGCGGAUACUCCCUGCAUGGAUACACUGAGGGAAGCUGUUAGCUGAUAUUAACGGAAGGAAACAUAUCAAGGAGGAACCCACUGCGGUUGUUGAAUUCGAGGUGGUUUGGUGUCAGGUGUCUACCUGGCAACAAGUCCCUCCCCUCCUGACUGAACUCCUCUAUAAACACGUCGCCCCCCACUGACAGGAAGCAUGGCGGGGGCUUCAGUGAAAGUGGCAGUCCGGGUCCGCCCCUUCAACUCUCGAGAGAUCGGGAAGGAGAGCAAGUGCAUCAUCCAGAUGACAGGGAACACCACAACGAUCCUAAACCCCAAACAGCCGAAGGAGAACAAGAGCUUCAACUUCGACUACUCCUACUGGUCACAUACCACGCCGGACGACAUCAACUAUCAUUCACAGAAGCAGGUGUACAAAGACAUUGGAGAGGAGAUGUUGCUGCAUGCCUUUGAGGGCUACAACGUGUGUAUCUUUGCAUAUGGCCAGACUGGAUCUGGGAAGAGCUACACCAUGAUGGGCAAGCAGGACCAGAAGGACCAGCAAGGCAUCAUCCCUCUGCUGUGUGAGGACCUCUUCACCAAGAUCAGUGACAGCAAUACCAACAACAGCUUGUCCUACUCCGUAGAGGUGAGCUACAUGGAGAUCUACUGUGAGCGUGUGCGUGACCUGCUAAACCCAAAGAACAAAGGGAACCUGCGUGUGAGAGAGCACCCCCUGAUGGGGCCCUACGUGGAGGAUCUGUCGAAACUAGCCGUCACCUCCUACAACGACAUCCAGGACCUGAUGGAGUCUGGCAACAAGGCCAGGACGGUGGCAGCCACCAACAUGAACGAGACCAGCAGCCGCUCUCACGCUGUCUUCAACAUCAUCUUCACUCAGAAGAAACACGACAUGGAUUCAGAGAACACGUCUGAGAAGGUGAGCAAGAUCAGCCUGGUGGAUCUGGCUGGGAGUGAGAGAGCUGACUCUACAGGAGCCAAAGGAACCAGGCUGAAGGAAGGAGCAAAUAUCAACAAAUCUCUAACCACACUGGGAAAAGUCAUCUCUGCUUUAGCUGAAGUGGACUCCGCACCAAAUAAGAACAAGAAGAAGAAGAAGGUGGAGAGCCAUAUCCCAUACAGAGACUCAGUGCUGACCUGGCUACUGAGAGAGAACCUGGGAGGUAACUCUCGCACCGCCAUGGUGGCAGCCCUCAGCCCUGCUGAUAUCAACUAUGACGAGACCCUGAGCACCCUCAGGUAUGCAGACCGCGCUAAGCAGAUCCGCUGUAAUGCUGUUAUCAACGAGGACCCCAACAACCGUCUGGUGCGUGAGUUGAAGGAGGAGGUGUGUCGCCUCAAGGACCUCCUCUUUGCUCAGGGUCUGGGAGAUAUCAUAGACAUGUAUCGAUGUCCUGGUCCUGUGAUAGCUGGUUUGAAAAACUUGUGUGAUUACAACAACUUUGUCAAUAAACGCCAGGCUGUCAAUCAAAUGGGUGAUCUAUCCACAGUGACCAAUGCCAUGACUGGGAUGAGCCCCUCCCCCUCACUCUCUGCUCUGUCCAGCCGCGCGGGCUCCAUGGCAAACCUGCACGACCGCAUCUUCAGCCCCGCCUCCGAGGAGGCCAUAGAGAGACUCAAGGAAACAGAGAAAAUCAUUGCAGAGCUCAAUGAAACUUGGGAGGAGAAGCUGCGCCGUACUGAAGAUAUCCGGAUGCAGAGGGAAGCCCUACUGGCUGAGAUGGGUGUGGCCAUGAGAGAAGAUGGAGGCACUGUGGGCGUGUUCUCCCCCAAGAAGACGCCUCACCUGGUGAACCUAAACGAGGACCCGUUGAUGUCUGAGUGCUUACUCUACUACAUCAAAGAUGGGACCACCAAGGUGGGUCGUGAGGACGCCAGAAGUCGCCAGGACAUCGUUCUCAGCGGCCAUUUUAUCCAGGACGAGCACUGCACCUUCAGCAGCACCACAGGCCCCGGGGGAGAAGAUGAUGAUGACACAGGGAACGUCUUCCUGGAGCCCUGCGAGGGGGCGGAGAUCUAUGUCAACGGGAAACUGGUGACCAUGCCUACUCUGCUUCGCUCAGGGAACCGCAUUAUCAUGGGGAAGAGCCAUGUGUUCCGCUUCAAUGACCCGGAGCAGGCGCGGCAGGAGCGGGAGAGGACGCCCUUCGCUGAGACCCCCGUGGAGCCCGUGGACUGGGCCUUCGCCCAGAGAGAGCUGCUGGAGAAACAGGGCAUCGACAUGAAGCAGGAGAUGGAGUCAAGGCUUCAAGAGUUAGAAGAUCAGUACCGCAGAGAACGAGAGGAGGCCAGUAACCUUCUGGAACAACAGAGACUGGACUAUGAGAGUAAACUGGAGGCCCUGCAGAAACAGGUGGACAGAAACUCCCGUUGCCUGGAGCCCCCAGAGGAAGAGGAGGAGCCUGAGGAGGAAGUUUUUCCCAUAGUUCCAUGGACCAAGUGUGAGACGGAGCUUGCACUGUGGGCAUUCCGUAAGUGGCGUUUCUACCAGUUUACCUCCCUCAGGGACCUGCUGUGGGGAAACGCCAUCUUCCUCAAGGAAGCCAACGCCAUCAGUGUGGAGCUCAAGAAGAAGGUCCAGUUCCAGUUUGUGCUGCUGACCGACACUCUGUACUCCCCACUGCCCCCGGACCUGCUGCCCCCCAGCGUGACCAAGGAGAGGGAGAGACAGCCCUUCCCCCGCACCAUCGUAGCAGUGGACAUCCAGGACCAGAAGAACGGGGCCACACACUACUGGACCCUGGAGAAACUCAGGCAGAGGCUGGACCUGAUGAGGGAGAUGUACGACCGUGCGGCGGAGGUGCCCAGCAGCACUGUGGAGGACUGUGACCAGGCCCUGACCGGGGGAGACCCCUUCUAUGACCGCUUCCCAUGGUUCCGUCUGGUGGGCAGGGCCUUUGUGUACCUGAGUAACCUGCUGUACCCCGUGCCCCUGGUGCACCGUGUGGCCAUCGUCAGUGAGAAGGGAGAGGUGAAGGGCUUCCUCAGGGUGGCAGUGCAGGCCAUCUCAGCUGAUGAAGAAGCCCCUGACUACGGCUCUGGUGUCAGACAGUCAGGAACUGCCAAGAUCUCCUUUGAGGACCAACAGUUUGAGAAGGUAGAAUCAUUCCAGACAGAGUCGUGUUCUGGCAGCAUGUCUCACUCUAACACCUCCCAAGAGGAGCUCCGCUUUGUUGAGGGGGAGGGACAGACCUCUGACAUAGGAGCUGACCCUGACGAGGUCAACAACAACACCUGUGCUGACUUGUCCCCCGUCACAGCCACUCCGGAGGCCCCUCAGAGCCCGUUGAAGGGGGUUCUGGGUCUGGAACUACCCCUGGAGCUGAACCAGGAGAAGGCCCUGUCCCACCUCCGCGUCGGAUCCACUUUCACCUUCAGGGUCACCGUGCUGCAAGCCUCCAGCAUCUCUGCCGAAUAUGCCGAUAUCUUCUGCCAGUUCAACUUCAUCCACCGACAUGACGAGGCGUUCUCCACUGAGCCACUGAAGAACACAGGCAGAGGACCUCCUCUGGGAUUCUACCAUGUACAAAAUAUCACGGUAGAGGUCACCAAGUCGUUUGUGGAGUACAUCAAGACCCAGCCCAUCGUCUUCGAGGUGUUUGGUCACUACCAGAAACAGCCGUUCCCACCUCUCUGCAAAGACCUCAUCAGUUCGCACUUUUUUUACAGUCCCCUUCGACCUUCUAGGAGGCAAUUCCCGAGGGUCAUGCCCUUGUCUAAACCAGUGCCGGCCACCAAGCUAAACACCUUGACCCGCUCCAUGGCAGGCCCAUGUCACUCCAAAUAUGACCUCAUGGCCUUCUUUGAGAUCUGUGAGCUGGAGGCCAAUGGAGACUAUAUCCCUUCAGUGGUGGACCACAGAGGUGGCAUGCCUUGCCAUGGAACCUUCCUCCUUCAUCAGGGCAUCCAGAGGAGGAUCACAGUUACCAUAGCACACGAGACAGGAAAUGACGUAGAGUGGAAGGAGGUCAAGGAGCUGGUGGUGGGUCGUAUCCGGAAUACUCCGGAGGCUGACGAGACCAUCAUUGACCCAAACAUCCUCUCCCUCAACAUCUUGUCUGCAGGCUACGUCUGGCCCUCGUAUGAUGACAAUGUUUCCCUGGGAGUUGACCAUAGGACGUUUUACCGGUUUGAGGCAGCAUGGGACAGCUCCAUGCACAACUCCCUCCUUCUGAACCGCGUCACUCCCUAUGGAGAGAAGAUCUACAUCACCCUCUCAGCCUACCUAGAGAUGGAGAACUGCACCCAGCCGACGGUGAUCACCAAAGACUUCUGUAUGGUGUUCUACUCCCGUGACGCCAAGCUCCCUGCCUCUCGCUCCAUUAGAAACCUUUUCAGCACCGGCUGCCUAAGGCCCUCAGAGAGUAACCGUGUCACUGGAGUGUAUGAAGUCAGUCUCUGCCAUGUCGCUGAUGCCGGAAGUCCAGGCAUGCAGCGGCGGCGCAGGCGCGUCUUGGACACCUCAGUGGCGUACGUCCGUGGAGAGGAGAACCUGGCUGGGUGGAGGCCCCGUAGCGACAGCCUCAUCCUGGACCACCAGUGGGAGCUGGAGAAACUCAGCCUGCUGCAGGAGGUAGAGAAGACCAGGCACUACCUGCUGCUGCGGGAGAAACUAGAGGCCACCCUGGCCGCGGGGCAGGACGCGCUCUGCAAGAGUGGCGACAUCAGCGACUUUGCUAAGAGCCCCAUCCUCAGCUACAGCCCCGGGGGCAGUCCCGCCCUGGAAAGCCCCAGCCAGAGGCAAAGGGAGCUGGCUGCCAAGUGUCUGCGGUUGCUCAUGCACACCUUCAACAGGGAGUACAGCCAGGUGAGCAGCAGUGCCAGUGAGAGCAAGCUGUCUGAGAUGUCAGCGUCGCUGAUGUCACCGUCCUCUUCUGGUCUGAGCACGCUAACGCCGUCCUCUACUUGCCCCUCCUUGGUGGAGGGACAUUAUGACAUCAGACACAUUGAGCCCAGCUCUGGAGCUUCAACCCCAGACCUGGACCCCUUCAGCCCUGUAGAUAGGAAGAGGAUCCCGGGUAGAGGCUGCACUUUUGUCCCUGACAUCCAGGAGAUCCGCGUCAGCCCCAUCGUGUCGAAGAAAGGCUACCUGCACUUCCUGGAGCCCCACACCAGUGGCUGGGUGAAGCGCUACGUGGUGGUACGCCGGCCCUACGUCUACCUGUACCGCAAUGAGAGGGACAAUGUGGAGCGCGCUGUCAUCAACCUCUCCUCUGCCCAGGUGGAAUACAGCGAGGACAAGCAGACUCUGCUCCGGACUCCAAACACAUUUGCAGUGUGCACCGAGCAUCGUGGAAUACUCCUCCAGGCCAGUAAUGACAAGGAGAUGCACGACUGGCUGUAUGCUUUUAACCCCCUGCUCGCCGGAACUAUCAGGUCUAAGCUCUCCAGAAGAAAGUCAGGACCAAGGAUGUGAGCAAGAGGAACACACACGGGAGGGGGGGGGGAGAAAAAAUAAAACAAAAACACAAUCUCAAAGCUCCACUGACCCUCUCCUGUAUACAGCUCAUCUAAACAGCUCUCCCUGUCCUAACAGUGCUCCAUCCUGUCGCUGAUACUUCCCCAAACUGCACUUAAAACCAUCCCAGCUGAUGCCCUAUUUGAAGCCUCUUCCUGGUUACCUGGUACAUGCACAGUUUAAACUACCCAUCAAACACCCUUAAUACCCAUGUAAGACUUAACUAACAACCUGACCCUGUGUAGUGGGGCUUACCCCUGCUGGCUGUAUUGUGCCUGGUUGUGACACGCCCCAUUGUCAUGUGCACGUAACCUUUACCGUUAUCUAACAUGCUAACAGUCCCCAUUGGGUUUAUCCAAACAAAGAGAAACGUUAUAGUGUAUAAGUCUUAGUCCAAGUUGUUAUCAGUUCCAAUGGCCUGCUACUUACUACCGCCCCACUCUGACUGUACAUUAUACCCAAGAUCAAAACCACUCAUGUAUUUCUUAUAAACACUGUAGACUGAUAAGAAAAAUAUUAAUGGUGACAUGGUAUAUUCCCUUUUCUAGUCCUCUCAUAAGAGAUAUCUGUUUCUGUGUGUGUGUUCUCAUGUUAAAACAGCAUAUCCACAUUUACCUCAUGUUGAAAUGGCUGCCAGUCACAAACUGGUACGCGUUGUCAUUGCAUCUGUUUUGUAUCCAAGGUUUUAGACAGUAUAGGAUGAACGUGAUAUAUGCAGGUUUUAGACAGUAUACAGUGGGAUAGAAGUGGGGUACUGUAAUAGUUGGAUAAUGUAAUGGACAGAUUAGGGUAAUGGGGAUAUGAUAGGGCAAUAGGAUGACUCUUUGCCUUCAAUGCUUGGAGAAUGGCGAGUUCACUGUGUUGACAUUUCAUAGUAACAUGUUUGUAGAGCAUUAGGCAAUAUAAUACGCCACCUGCCUGACUCACACUGGAGAGCAAUGUGUCCUUGACCGUUUACAUAUUCUUUGUGUAUAUAUACUAUUUAUUUGCUAUUUUAGUUUUAAUUUAUAUAUCACUGACCAGUUAAAUUUAUUUGUAUGGGAUCACUGACCAGUUUAAUGUAUUUGUGUGGGAUCACUGACCAGUUUAAUUUAUUUGUGUGGGAUCACUGACCAGUUUAAUUUAUUUGUGUGGGAUCACUGACCAGUUUAAUGUAUUUGUGUGGGAUCACUGACCAGUUUAAUGUAUUUGUGUGGGAUCACUGACCAGUUUAAUUUAUUUGUGUGGGAUCACUGACCAGUUUAAUUUAUUUGUGUGGGAUCACUGACCAGUUUAAUUUAUUUGUGUGGGAUCACUGACCAGUUUUGUCGCAUGGCACUUUAUUGUUGCAUUAUAUUCUCUUGAGUUGAUGUCUGUCCCAUUCACUCAGUUGUUUUUAACCAAAGCAGUCCAAUCUAUUUAAAAUAGUGAAGAUAUCCUCUGUCAUGUAGACUUGAAAAAAUGGCUCCUAGGUUUUAGUGAGAUAUUAAUGUAAUAUCUACGAUUCUGCUAUUGGCCCUGAAUGUCUGUUUAUAAGUUAAAUAUUCCACGUGGAUACACUAAGAAUGGCUCCUCUCCAGCAAGAGGAUGUUUAUUGCGAUCUAUGGUGGUGGGUUACUUUGUGUUCUAUGGUGGUGGGUUACUUUGCCUUCUAUGGUGGUGGGUUACUUUGUGUUCUAUGGUGGUGGGUUACUUUGCCUUCUAUGGUGGUGGGUUACUUUGUGUUCUAUGGUGGUGGGUUACUUUGCCUUCUAUGGUGGUGGGUUACUUUGCCUUCUAUGGUGGUGGGUUACUUUGCCUUCUAUGGUGGUGGGUUACUUUGCCUUCUAUGGUGGUGGGUUACUUUGCCUUCUAUGGUGGUGGGUUACUUUGCCUUCUAUGGUGGUGGGUUACUUUGCCUUCUAUGGUGGUGGGUUACUUUGUGUUCUAUGGUGGUGGGUUAAUUUGCCUUCUAUGGUGGUGGUUUGCAGUACAUUGAAUCAUUUAAAAGAACCCUGUGAUUAUACUCUAUUGAUAAGUUAGUGGGAUGUUUUCAACCUUUUUUCCACCAGUCAAGUGGUCUGAAAGCGCAUCGCUAUGCACCAGGUAGUGCCUCCCUUUCUCCACUUUGCUCUCUCUCUUUCCUGUUUUUCAUCAAAUCCACACUUUAGUAUCGUUGACGUCCACCACAUCAGCUCAAUGUUACAUGUAUUGAAGCAAGCUUUUAUUUACUCUGAUGCUAUGAACCUAAUAUUGAUGCCGUGUGUCCAUGUGAAUCUAUCCAUUUGAACUAAUAUGUGUACAGUCUAUAGGCUACAGUAGCUUCUUGUGUAAAGUAGCAUCUAACCUCUUCUGCUUUGCUUUUGUAUAGCUGUUUUACAGCCUGAUGCUUGUGUCAGAAACCUAUACAGUUUGAACCUGUAGAUGUUAUGAAGUCGCACAUCCUGGGGACUUUGGCUGGGGUUUACUGUCGCCGUGACCAUUCUUUCACACCCAGAUGACCACAAACUGCUAUCUGAAACGAGAGUAGUCCAAAGUGAAUCAAGGUGGCACUGCCGACUGAAGCAAAGUGACUAUUCAGUGCCAUCUUGGUCUAGCAGCCGUAGGAGAUGGACAAUUUCAAACGGAAGUUGCCGGUCGUCUCAUCGUCUGAGUGUUCUAUGCUUUUGUACGUCCUUUUGCUUUAUUGAAAACCAAGCGGUAGUUUUGUGUUUACAGCAACAUCAUGUGUGAGUGCAGCAGACCAGCCAUGGCCAGACAGCCAAUUGGAUCAUGUCCUACGGUUGUUCCUGGUUUGUAUGGCGAGGUUCGUGUUUUUGGUCAAACACAAUUCUCCCAUCUAACACACAAUGUUAGGUUUUUAUGCAUGCCUCAGGCCUGCCAACCUACAGAGCAUGCUCAGAUAGCCACAGCAAGGGAGCAACAUGCAAGACAUGGCAUACUCACACAUGAUGUUCCUCAAAUAAUAUUAAUAAGCGCUUAUAUCCUCAAUUAUGAACAUAUCUUCUUAUAUCCUUCCUACAAGGAAUAUAUUGCGUAUAUACUGCAGUGCAAUAAUUGAGCGUUGAUUGGUUUCAGUGGAAAAUCACACGAUUCUUUGUUUUCUGUUUCUAGAAUGCUGAAACUUAAAUACAACCUAUCACAAGAUAAAUACUAUGAACUAAUUACAUUUACAACCUAUCUCUGGGUUUCAUAUUGUGGAUCUGUUUUUUAUUUUUAUUUUUUACAUUUUAGUCAUUUAGCAGACACUCGUUUCCUGAGCGACUUACAUGAGCAAUUAAGGUUAAGUGCCUUGCUCCAGGUCACAUCUAUAGAUGUUUUUUUUCUCACCUUGUUGGCUCGGGGAUUUAAACCAGCAAUCUUUUGGGUACUGGCCCAACGCUCUUAACUACUAGGCUACCUGCCCGGUUGUGGUCAUUGGUACACUGGUAUGCCACUAUUUUGCCUGCUCGACCAAUGGAAGAAAAGAAAGGUUUAUUUAUGAAUUCUUGUUUCUAUUUGGAGGUGGUUUACGUGAGUAAGGAAUAUUAGGGCUAUUGAAUUGUCAUCCAAGUAUAAUUUAUUGUACUUAUCACAUCAUCAUUUAUCAUAUUAAACAUUUACAGAAUGCAUAAGAUUGUUUGGGGGUUACAAUAUUAUCCCUCAAAAGAAGGAGACGUUGUUUUGUUUGAAACUGUACUAUUGUCGCUUUAGCGUUUAGCGUCUACUAACUCUUAACUCUACUUCUUAAAACUAGGAUACUUCUUAAAACUAGGAUACUUCUUAAAACCAGGGUAUUUCUUUAAACUAAGAUCCUCCUUAAAACUAGGAUACUUCUUAAAACUAGGGUUCUUCUUACAGCAAGGAUAUUUGAAGUUCCAUCCUCAAGGAAGAAGUUAAAACGAUGCAUUUGAAGUUCCGUGAGCCGGCUAUAUAUACAAAUACAGAUGGAUUCUGUUACUGCUUUGACAGCUUUUUUUAUGUAGCAUUACAUUUCCCGGAUCCAAGCAUGUGGACCUGCCUCUUCUUCACCCUGCUCUCUCUUUCCCUCACUGCUUGCUAAUGACGCCCUAUCCCCCUCAGUGCAGCUUUGUAUAGAAACAGCCCCGUAUACUAAACGCCCGCCUAAAUGACUCUGCAUUGAACUUGUCAUUUGAUUGGCUCUUGUCUUGUCAAUAAUGAACCUGAUUGGCUGUGGUGGGUCCGAUCGCACAGAUGUAACCCCUGUUCCAUAAUAACUGGCCUGUGAUGUCAUCUCAGUGCUCACGUUAUCUUUUGAGUGUUGGAGUUCUAGUGUCUUCUAAUGUUUGUGGACACGUAAACAAUUUGUCAGAAUAAAGUGAAAUAAAUGUGGAACUUAUGCAACA